AUGCAGCUCAUCUCUCGCGUAGCCGCAGCCACGGCAGUCCUCGCCGGCAGCGUUUCUGCUGUAAACUUCACGGGCGAUGUCGUGAACGGCGUCCCGGUCAUCAGCGGUCUCGACCUCGCUGACGUGCCUCCGCAAACCGUCUCCAAGUACUACAUGCGAGCUGGCGAGCUCAAUGGCGGACACCCCGUGCAUAUCCCCAUCAUGGUUGCGCGCGGAACCCCGGAGAGUCUGCACACGGGCAAGAAGCUGUCGCUUUCGGCUUCGAUCCACGGCGAUGAGCUGAACCCAGUUCGCGUGGUUCAGCGCAUGUUCGAGCAGCUCCAGGACCAAGUCGCGACGCUCAAUGGCACAGUUAUUGGUAUUCCGACGGUCAACCCCAUGGGUAUCUACCUCAACCAGCGAAACUACUUCACCUCUGGCGCCAGUGGUUCUCUCACAAACGUCAACCGCAUCUUCCCAGGUGUCUCGGCCAUGGAAGGAGGCAGUGGUCCUGAUAUUUUGGCGUACAACAUCUGGAACCAGAUCUGGGCCAACACAUCAAAUGUUGACGUUGGCAUUGACCUGCACACACCCAGCUCCGGCGGAGAGACCUCGCUAUGGUGCUACUCCGACUUCCGCCUCCCCUACGUCGAGCGCCUCGCCAAACUCCUCCAACCCGAUACCCUCAAGAUCGAUCCUGGUGAGCCAGGCUCCAUCGAGACAACCUUUGUCGAUUAUGGCAUCCCCUCGCUCACGGUAGAAAUGGGACAAGCAAAGGUCUGGAACAACAGCCUCAUCGACCGCGUAGUCGACUACGUAAACCGCGUCAUGGUCGACCUCAAGAUGACGGGCACAAACGAGACCGUGGAGCCCGAUCUAAGCAACACAUACAUGAUCACCACUUUCCACGACACCUGGUCGCAGUACGGAGGUUUUGUCGAGAGGCUUGUACAAGUCGACGAGCCGGUCACCAAGGGCCAGCCCAUUGCUCAUAUCCGCAACCCCUUCGGCGAUAUCAUCGAGACGCUACUGUCACCAGAGACUGGACAUUCCCGCAAGUGUAUUUUUGGCAGCGAGCUUGAAUUCAAUGACGGACUUGUUCCAAUCACUCUAUUCGUUCUUGAGAACGUGAUGGAUGCGUCAGAAGGCAAACUAUUCUCCACCACUGAGUCCUGGCUCAAAACAGACGAUGUGUUCAAGAAGCGUUUCCUGCAACACGUGUACUUCUUGUGUCUUGCAAACACCAAAUCCGACCUGGACGAUUUGACCAUCAUCAUACCGGAAGAGUGGGAAAAUCGAAGCGUCCACACCGUGGUGGUGAACUCAACUAGAGACCUAGUUAGCUUCCGCAGUGGACCAUACUUUGCCUCCAACGCUGGCAUUCGUCAGGCAUGGCGCCUGUUUGACGACGCGCACGAAGCUUUCCAGUAUCCGGUAGUGGCUGAUGAGCAUGGAGAAGAUAACCGUUGCUACUACGACGAACCCUCCAAAUCCAAGCCUCUAUCUGGCAUGAGGAUAGCCAUCAAGGACAACAUCGAUCUGAAGUGUGUGCGAACAAGCGCUGGCAGCCGGGCCUACCAGACCUUGUAUCCCGAGAAAGAACGCAGCGCCGCCUGUGUUCAAGAGCUUAUAGAGGCAGGUGCAGUUAUUGUAGGCAAAACAAAGACAGUCCAAUUCGCCUCUGGAGAGAAUGCGCGGGAUUGGAUUGACUACUCUGCACCGUUUAAUCCUAGGGGCGAUGGGUAUCAAGAACCUAGUGGCAGUAGCACAGGAAGCGCUACAGCUGUGUCAGCGUAUGACUGGAUAGAUGCCACUUUAGGGACUGAUAGGCGUUUCAUGCGUCACUUGGAAGACUUCCUGCAGGUCAAGCGAAAGAAGCUCGAUAUAGAUGGCCUAUUCAGGCGGCAAAGCAUCGCUGGCGGAGCUUCACUGAAGAAUUAUCUAGAUACCACAUUCGCACGAGACUACAAGAAGGAGUUCCAUAAGAAGGCAUUUGCCGAUCCUUAUAUCGAGUACAAAUGGUCUCUUGGCAAGGACCUUACGGUAGAACAAUAUGAGCAAGCCGUCAAGGAGCGUGACACCUUUAGGGACUGGAUACGUACUGCAAUACUACCGCCGCCAUCCGAUGGAAAAAGUUUGGACAAGAUGCUCAUCUUCGCGAGUGGAGAUACGGAACCUAUGUAUCGACAUGAAUAUCAUAAGAGAUCACUGGAAGAAGGUGCAAUCAAGAAGCAAGGUUUUGGUUACAAGCCAAGCCAUAUACCUGUUCUUGCGGGCCUACCGUUCUUCACUAUUCCCUAUGGCCAGUAUCCGUAUGUCUCGUCAGUCACGGGCAAUGUAGAAUACCUCCCAGGUGCCAUCGGCGUGGUUGGCCCACAAGGUAUGUACAUCGAUGACUUUGUUCGACGGAAUGGUCUGGUAACAUUAUCCAGGGAGUGA